AUGGGGUUUCGUUUGUUACCUAUGAUUGCCAGUGCCAAGCAAAUCCACAAAAUGCAAUCUGUUCUUACACGAAAUCAUUCAGAUGUUCCAAAAGGACAUUUUGUAGUUUAUGUAGGUGAGAGAGAAAAGAAACGAUAUGUGGUGCCAAUAACGUACCUGCACCAUCCUUCUUUCCAGAACUUGUUACGGAAAUCAGAAGAAGAGUUUGGAUUUCAUCACCCGAUGGGUGGUCUAACAAUACCCUGCAAUGAGGAUGAUUUUUUCUAUGUGACUUCUCGGUUGAGUUUAUGA